AUGUCUUCAACAACACUUCCACCUCCCUUGCCAGAGGACGGCAACGGCAACGGCAACGGCAACCUCGAAGCGAUCGGAGAGAAAACACAUCAGGUCGAGCCUGAAAAGGAAAAGCAGACCGUCGAGUCUAACAGACCGUCCACUAUGGCAUCCUCAUCUGUCAAUGGUUUAGACGAUGGUCCUGCUACUGAAGAAAAAGCUGUGGAUGAGCCGCCAAAACCUGUGAUGGAAUAUCCGAAAGGUAUCGAAGCCUUGUUCAUCAUGGUUGCGCUCGUGCUCAGUAUCACCCUCUGUUCUCUGGAUCAGACCAUUGUUGCAACAGCUAUUCCAAAAAUUACCGACCAAUUCCACAGCCUUGACGAUAUCUCGUGGUACGGUUCGGCUUAUUUCAUGACGCUCGGAGCCUUCCAGUCAACCUGGGGCAAAGUGUAUAAAUACUUUCCCCUCAAAACUAGUUUCCUGGUGGCAAUCUUCAUCUUUGAACUUGGGAGUUUGAUCGCCGCUGUCGCCCCAAACUCAACGACUCUGAUUGUUGGACGUGCCAUCUCCGGUCUCGGUGCCUCGGGUAUCGCGCCUGGAGUAUACACGAUUUCUGCUUUUGCUGCUGAGCCCACCAAAAGAGCUACCUACACGGGGGUCAUUGGUGUGUCAUAUGGCGUUGCCGCUGUCUGCGGACCACUCAUUGGUGGAGGGCUUACAAAAGGGGCAUCCUGGAGGUGGUGUUUCUAUAUCAAUCUUCCAAUCGGUGGUCUGGCCGCUUUUGUCAUCCUGCUCACCUUCAAGACCCCUAAAGCCGCUAAAGUGGUCCAGGCUACGCUCAAGGAGAAGCUUCUAAACAUGGACCCGAUAGCGACGAUGCUUACAAUGGGUGCACUGGCCUGCUUGCUUCUAGCUCUUCAGUACGGUGGUAUAACCCAUGCGUGGGAUUCCAGCGUCGUUAUUGGUUUACUCGUCGGCUUCGUUGUCAUGGUUAUUGCACUUAUAAUUGCAGAAAUAUGGCAAGGUGAACGCGCUAUGCUGACACCACGCAUUUUGCGCAAAAAGUCCGUCUGGGCCAGCAGCGUAUGGGGCUUCUUCUUCGCUGGCGCGUAUUUCGUCACGCUCUAUUACCUGCCUAUUUAUUUCCAAAGCAUCGACAACGUCAGUCCGAUUGACUCGGGUGUGCGCAACAUUCCUCUCAUUGUCAUGUUCGGCAUUGCCACAUAUGGCUCAGGCAGAGCCAUCACGAAGACGGGUAUUGCAACUCCUUAUAUGGCAGCUGGCUCUGUGAUCGUGACCAUCGCCGCUGGUCUACUGUAUACUCUCGACGUUAGGACCUCGACAGGCAGAUGGGUUGGGUAUCAGAUCCUGGCGGGCUUCGGAUACGGCCUCGCCCUCCAAGUCCCGGUCGUCGUUGCGCAGGCUUUUGCUGCGCCAAGCGACAUGGCUCCUACGACCGCGAUUAUUAUAUUCGCUCGAUCUGUCGGCGGCACAAUUUUGCUCGCAGCCGCGCAAUCCGGCUUCGUCAAUCAGAUUGUGCACAAGCUUGCCACCACCGCACCGAGCGUCAAUCCCGCCCAAGUCACGGGUAUCGGUGCCACUGAGGUGCACAGGCUAUUUUCCGGAGCCGAGCUGGACGGUGUUGUCCAUGCGUACGCAUGGGGUAUCAAGGUUGUUUUCGCAAUUACUAUCGCGGCCUGCGGCCUCACUGUCCCCUUCAGCUUGUGCAACGAAUGGGCCAAUGUUAACGCGAAGAAACCCAGUGGUGGCGGUGCUUAA